CAGCAUCUUUUCUUCUAGUCCCAUAGCGCCAGUACGACUACAAUCAGUUCACCAUGCUUGACUCAGAUCAGUCCUGGCCUUUAUGGGGCAAUGACUCCCUCGACGGAGCAUUCGAUCUCGACAGCCCCGGCGACAACGCCGUCGUGACCAAGGUCCAUCGCCCUUUCUUAUUCGGCUAUCACCCUUCGAAACCCAAUGGCCGCGGCAUUCUUAUUCUCGGAGGUGGGGGAUAUGUUCAACUCAUGGUCGGUCGCGAAGGCGUCGCAGUUGCAAAAUGGCUCAACAGUCUUGGUUUCUACGCGUUCGUCCUGGUGCAUCGCUUCCCGAAUAGUGAGACUGGUGCGCAAGCGCCGUUGGAUGAUGGAAGAAGAGCUCUGAAGAUCAUUUCUGAGAGUGGACUUGCGCCAAAGGGUAUUAGCAUCUGCGGCCUCUCAUCUGGCGGUCAUCUCGGCGCUGCUCUUCUGGCAGAGUAUCCUCAAGUCUGGACAUCACCAGAUCCCGAAAUAUCGCAAAUCGAAUUCGCCGUAUUGGGUUACGGACCCAUUUCAACGAAUGCGGCUGGCCGUACAAUUAUUGAGAACAAACCUCCUCUGCCGCCGAAAGAAAAACAAGAACUGUACGAUGUUGUACAACCAGAUGUUCAGCUCCGAUCUCCUGCGCCGCCAGUAUUCAUCGUGUACUCCAACAAUGAUCCAGUUGUACCUGUCGUCAACGCGUAUCGCUUAGCACAGGGCUUUACAAAGGGCGGAGCACCGGUCGAGUUACAUAUCUUUGCUGACGCGCCUCACGGGUUUGCGCUGGAUAGCCCGAGGGAGUUGCCUGUAUCAAAGUGGCCGGUUAUGUGCGAGGCAUGGCUGAGGCAGAACAAUUGGAUAGAAUGAGUUUUAGAAUUCACAGAGCGCAAAGCUAUCAUUGACCUUCAUGGUAUCAACACCAAACG